AUGCUGGAGCUCAAGAGGACUUUGGACGCCAAGGGCCACGGUGUGCUGGAGAUGCCCUCUGGGACCGGGAAGACAGUGUCGCUGCUGUCGCUCAUCGUUGCCUAUCAGCGAGCCCGGCCACUGGACGUCACCAAACUCAUCUACUGCUCCCGCACGGUGCCAGAGAUCGAGAAGGUGAUCGAGGAGCUGCGGAAGCUGAUGGAUUUCUAUGAAAAGGAGCUGGGGGAGAAGGUGCCGUUCCUGGGGCUGGCGCUGAGCUCCAGGAAGAACCUCUGCAUCCACCUCGAGGUGGGCAUGGGGCUGGGUGAGNNNNUGGACAGCCGGUGCCUGAGCCUUACGGCUUCCUACGUGCGGGCGCAGCACCAGCGUGACGGAUCCCUGCCUGCCUGCCGCUUCUUUGAGGAGUUCGACACCCACGGGCGUGAGGUGCCCAUCCCCUAUGGCAUCUACAACCUGGACGACCUGAAGGCCCACGGCCGCCAGAAGGGCUGGUGCCCCUAUUUCCUCGCCCGCUACUCGAUCCUUCAUGCCAACAUCGUCGUCUACAGCUACCACUACCUGCUGGAUCCUAAAAUCGCCGAUUUGGUCUCAAAGGAGUUGGCCAAGAAGUCGGUUGUGGUCUUUGAUGAGGCCCACAACAUUGACAACGUCUGCAUCGACUCCAUGGGGGUGAACAUCACGCGCCGGACGCUGGACCGCUGCCAGGCCAAUGUGACCACGCUCCAAACCACCAUCCAAAAGAUCAAGGAGACAGACACGCAGCGGCUGGCGGAGGAGUACCGGCGCCUGGUGGAGGGGCUGCGGGAGGCCAGCACUGCCCGGGAGACUGACCUUUACCUUGCCAACCCUGUGCUGCCAGAUGAGAUCCUGCCGGAGGCAGUUCCCGGCAGCAUCCGGACGGCUGAGCACUUCGUGGGCUUCCUGAAGCGGUUCGUGGCCUACCUGCGGGCACGGGUGCGGGGGCCGCGGGUGGUGCAGGAGAGCCCCCCCGCCUUCCUCAAGGACCUCUACGAGAAGGUCUGCAUCGAGCGCAAGCCCCUGCGGUUCUGCGCUGAGCGGCUGCGCUCGCUGCUGCGGACACUGGAGAUCGUGGACAUGGCCGACUUCUCCGCCAUCACCCUCGUCGCCAACUUUGCCACCCUUGUCAGCACCUACUCCAAGGGUUUCACCAUCAUCAUUGAGCCUUUCGACAACAGGACCCCCACCAUCUCCAACCCCAUCCUGCACUUCAGCUGUAUGGACGCCUCCAUCGCCAUCAAGCCAGUCUUUGAGCGCUUCCAGUCGGUCAUCAUCACGUCAGGGACUCUCUCCCCGCUGGACAUUUACCCCAAAAUCCUGGAUUUCCGCCCCGUCACCAUGGCAACCUUCACCAUGACGCUGGCCCGGACCUGCCUGUGCCCCAUGAUCGUGGGUCGUGGCAAUGACCAGGUGGCCAUCAGCUCCAAGUUUGAGACACGCGAGGACAUCGCCGUCAUCCGCAACUAUGGGAACCUACUGCUGGAGCUGUCGGCCGUGGUCCCCGACGGCAUCGUCGCCUUCUUCACCAGCUACCAGUACAUGGAGAACAUCGUGGCCUCCUGGUACGAGCAGGGCAUCCUGGAGAACAUCCAGCGGAACAAGCUUAUCUUCAUUGAGACGCAGGACGGGGCCGAGACCAGCAUGGCCCUGGAGAAGUACCAGGAGGCCUGCGAGAACGGCCGGGGUGCCAUCCUUCUCUCCGUGGCCCGUGGCAAAGUGUCGGAAGGCAUCGAUUUCGUGCAUCACUACGGCAGAGCCGUCGUCAUGUUCGGGGUGCCCUACGUCUACACCCAGAGCCGCAUCCUGAAGGCCCGGUUGGAAUACCUCCGGGACCAGUUCCAGAUCCGGGAGAACGACUUCCUCACCUUCGACGCCAUGCGCCACGCUGCCCAGUGUGUCGGCCGGGCCCUGCGUGGCAAAACCGACUAUGGCCUCAUGGUCUUCGCUGACAAGCGUUUCGCCCGGGCAGACAAGCGGGGGAAGUUGCCGCGGUGGAUCCAGGAGCACAUCACCGACUCCAACCUCAACCUGACAGUGGACGAGGCGGUGCAGGUGGCCAAGUUCUUCCUGCGCCAGAUGGCUCAGCCCUUCCAUCAGGAGGACCAGCUGGGGCUGUCCCUGCUGACGCUGGAGCAGCUGCAGUCGGAGGAGGUUCUGCAACGGAUCGAGCAGAUCGCUCAGCAGGUGUGAGCUGGCCGAGGGGGGUGGGUGCAGAGUGACCCCCCCCCAUCUGCUUGGGGUGGGACCCUGAGCCCUCGCCAUGUGCUUAAGGUGGGACCCGGAUCCCUCCAUGUGCUGGGGCUGGGACCUGGAGUCCCGCAACACGCUCAGAGUGGGACCUGGAUCCCUCCAUGUGCUCAAGGUGGGAUCUAGAUCCCCACCACGUGCUUGGGGGGGGGGACUGGAGUGCCCCCACGUUCUCGGGGCAGGAACUAGAUCUGCCCCCACAUGCUCCAGCAAGACCUGGAUCCCCCAACUCACUUGGAGCCGGAGCCGGAUUCCCCGUACAU